GCUCGUGCUGCUCUAUUUCAGCCUCCGGCCGGAAUCAACCCCCCACUGCGCUUAAUGCACCUGUGCCUACGUUGUACCAUUCACCAUCCUCCACGAUAGUGGAUGCGGGCGAUAAGUAAUUAGCCGAUGUUGAUGCGGCGGACGGGAAUGCCACUGACCAAAUCUCCGGUUGACCAACGUCUUCAACACGCGUCGUCUUCUUCUUCCUCUCAUAAACCGCACCACCUCGACUAUAUUCCUUUGCACACUCUCCUCCACUCAGUAUUCUUCAGAAUCUGGGCAUUAGGGCUUCUUCUUUUGGGUUUCUUACCAAGGACUCAUUCGCCCACGGAGUUGUGCUCUCAUCUGCUUUGAGGUCUCGUUGGUUGUUCCCAGAGGACACGUGAAAACAUCAAAAGGCUGAUAACCACAUUCUGUAUCUGCCCUUUCUCUUCUUCUUUUU